AUGACUCCUUCCACUCCAACGCGGAACCUUCGAACCAGAACCCCGGUCUCAUACGCGCUGCCCAGCAGAAAGACUAAGCUGAGAAGAGGAGAUCCCCAGUUUGGGGGGCCGGUUCCGGCUGGCACCCCGGCUGCCCGUAUCGUCACCAUCACUGCCGCCACCGUCGCCACCGUCUGCGCCAUCACCAGCGCCAUCACCAGCGCCAUCACCAGCCCCAUCACCAGCGCCAUCACCAGCCCCAUCACCAGCCUCAUCACCAGCCCCAUCACCAGCCCCAUCACCAGCCCCAUCACCAGCGCCGGCACCAACACCCGAACCAGCACUAGCGCAAACACCAGAGCCGUCGUCAUCAUCACCUGCCAGCGGAGAGCCGUCUCCAUCAUCAUUACUGAGCGGGGGGCUAGCGACUCCACCAAACCAAUCCCGGAUCGAUCAGAGGAUCGAAAUUUUGGAUAG